AACGAGAGGUCGUCCCAGCAGUCCCCGAAGGCCCCGUGAGGUGCACGCACGUACGCGCAAUUCGGAGUUUGAAAAUGUAAAAUUUUUCUAGAAAUAUUUCCCAGUCAAGUCCAUAGGAAGAUGAAAAUCACAGAACCACACCUCGAAUCAACGUCAUCGCACGCUAACCCGUCUCGAGUGCUCCAGCGUUCCACUGCGGUUCAGAAUGUCGCAGUCGGACGAUAUGUUUGUAUUGCUCCCACCUGAUGUACUGUAUAUCAUAUUCUCCUUCUGCGAUGUGCGGACUCUGGGGCGACUUAGCUGCGUAUGUAGGCGCUUCAACGCUUUUCUCAAGCAGAGCUACGUUUGGAGCCAGAGGAGCAGGAACAUUGUCGCCACAAACCAACGCGAUAGACGAAUUCUGCAGCGGUCACUACAUGUGCUGGAGGCGGUUGAAAAAUGUUGGCAAUCAGUCCGUUGGCAGACCGGCCGCUACGAAGAAAAGGUACUCCUGCAGCAUCAUACAAUGUACAUACCAUGGCUUCAUUUGGAGCGGGAUGUGCUCUGGUACAGCAAGGGAGCCGUUAUUCUCAAAUUUGAACGACUGGAAGAUGGAACGAUCGGAGAAAAUGUAUUGCUGACACUUCGUGGACAUAGAGACGAUGUUGGCCAUUUUGUCUGCAAAAAUGGCCUGGUAGUCGGUGGGGGAAACGAUGGCUCCCUUUGCAUCUGGUCAGCUGAACAAGGAUCUUUGGUGCAUUGCCGUUGGCAUUGCAACAGCAAGGCCAUCAACAGUGUCGACUACCGUAGGAAUGUUGUUGUGACAGGGUCUCAGGACCGAACUGUAAAGGUGUGGAAAUUGAGUGGACAGACUUCAAUUCUGGGCUACACCAUCCCCAUCUGGGAUCGUGUCUGCUCCGUGGCGAUCCUGGAAAACAGCAGAGUCCUCCUGACUGGUUCCGCUGGCUGCAAUGGUGUCUCACCACUUCAGGCCUUUGACUUGGCUUCAGGGCGCCAUAUCACUGCAUUGGGGACAAGCCACCGCAACGGUGCUGGUGUGCUGCAUGUGUAUCCAGAGUCUCCAAUAGAGCUGCUGUCCUGUGGAUAUGACACAUUCAUACGACUGUGGGACUUGCGAUGUGCUACCAAAUGCGUUCGAGCUUGGGAGGACCCCCAUGACUCUGCAGUCUACUGUGUGGCCACAGACCACAAUGUGACAGUGCUGAGUGGUACCAGUCGUUAUGGUGUAGUGCGUCUGUGGGACAAGCGCAUGACCAGACCAGUGAAGUGGCAAACGUAACAGCCCAGUCUAUUCAUUGGCAUUUGACCCAUGUUACAUGUAUGUUGCCCUUGACCGGUCUCUCAACAUGCUGUCCUUCACGGGACCUUCGUGGACUCCCCAAGCUGCCACCUAAGUGUUCUAGUCGACCACCUCUCCAAGGACAGCCUCUAGCAGUGCACCAGCAACCAGCGUGCCAUGUCCUCUGUUUUUAAAAUGCCCGUCCAUAUGUGCAAGUCAUUGCAGUAUACUUUUUUUGUUGCCGAGUGAGAGAGGAGUAGGGAGGGGGGGGGGGAGCAUUGUUUCUGAGGGCAGGAGGGAUUACUGUCAUUCAUUUGUAACCUUUGAGGUAAACUCCUCAGAGGUUUUUGCUGUUGUCUUCUGAAUAAAGCACCACUGCAUUACA